GUGUUUUGGGGCCCAGGAGCUGUGGGAGGAGCCGGCGGCCUCACCGUGGUAACCGCUGCGCCGCCGCCGCCGCCGCCCCGCCUUGCAGGCCUCAGACUGUCACCGCCUCUGCUUUGAGGGUACUUUGGCCGGGUCCCCGGAAGUACCCCUCCCAGAUUCUCGGACCCUCCCAUUCUCCCCACGCCGCUGCCGCCGCCGCCAUGCAAGGCGAGGACGCCAGAUACCUCAAAAGGAAGGUUAAAGGAGGGAAUAUUGAUGUGCAUCCGUCAGAAAAAGCGCUCAUCGUUCAGUAUGAAGUGGAAGCCACCAUUCUUGGAGAAAUGGGGGAUCCCAUGUUGGGUGAACGAAAGGAAUGCCAAAAAAUCAUCCGCCUGAAGAGUCUCAAUGCUAACACAGACAUAACCUCUCUGGCCCGGAAAGUGGUUGAAGAAUGUAAACUCAUCCAUCCCUCAAAGCUAAAUGAGGUAGAACAGCUUUUGUACUAUCUACAGAACCGCCGUGACUCAUUGUCAGGAAAAGAAAAAAAAGAAAAAUCAAGCAAGCCUAAAGACCCACCUCCUUUUGAAGGGAUGGAGAUUGAUGAAGUUGCCAACAUUAAUGACAUGGACGAGUACAUUGAGCUCUUAUAUGAAGACAUUCCAGACAAGGUUCGGGGUUCUGCCUUGAUCCUACAGCUUGCUCGAAAUCCUGAUAACUUGGAAGAGCUAUUAUUAAAUGAAACUGCCCUGGGUGCGCUAGCAAGAGUCCUGAGAGAAGACUGGAAACAAAGUGUUGAGUUAGCUACAAACAUCAUUUACAUCUUCUUUUGCUUUUCUAGCUUUUCUCAUUUUCAUGGUCUCAUCACUCACUAUAAAAUUGGAGCACUGUGUAUGAAUAUCAUUGACCAUGAGUUAAAAAGACACGAGCUUUGGCAAGAAGAACUUUCUAAGAAGAAGAAAGCUGUUGAUGAAGACCUUGAAAAUCAAACCUUGAGAAAGGAUUAUGACAAAACCUUUAAAAAAUACCAAGGACUUGUGGUAAAACAAGAGCAGCUAUUGAGAGUUGCACUCUAUUUGCUUCUGAACCUUGCGGAGGACACGCGUACAGAAUUGAAGAUGAGGAACAAGAAUAUUGUGCACAUGUUGGUGAAGGCUCUUGAUCGGGACAACUUUGAGCUGCUCAUUCUGGUCGUGUCAUUCUUAAAGAAACUCAGUAUUUUUAUGGAGAAUAAAAAUGACAUGGUAGAGAUGGAUAUUGUUGAAAAACUGGUAAAAAUGAUACCCUGUGAGCACGAAGAUCUCCUGAAUAUCACCCUCCGACUCCUCUUAAACCUCUCAUUUGACACAGGCCUGAGGAACAAGAUGGUACAAGUUGGACUUCUCCCAAAGCUCACUGCACUCCUAGGCAAUGAAAACUACAAACAAAUAGCAAUGUGCGUGCUUUACCAUAUAAGCAUGGAUGACCGCUUUAAGUCAAUGUUUGCAUAUACUGACUGCAUACCACAGUUAAUGAAGAUGCUCUUCGAAUGUUCAGAUGAACGGAUUGACUUGGAGCUGAUUUCUUUCUGCAUUAAUCUUGCUGCUAACAAGAGAAAUGUCCAGCUCAUCUGUGAAGGAAAUGGGCUGAAAAUGCUCAUGAAAAGAGCUCUGAAGCUCAAGGACCCACUGCUGAUGAAGAUGAUCAGAAACAUCUCCCAGCACGAUGGACCCACUAAGAAUUUGUUCAUUGAUUAUGUCGGGGACCUUGCAGCCCAGAUUUCCAGUGAUGAAGAGGAGGAGUUCGUAAUCGAGUGUUUAGGAACACUGGCAAAUCUGACAAUCCCAGACCUAGACUGGGAACUGGUUCUUAAGGAGUACAAGCUGGUUCCCUUCCUCAAAGAUAAACUAAAGCCAGGUGCCGCAGAAGAUGACCUUGUUUUAGAAGUGGUGAUAAUGAUCGGAACUGUAUCUAUGGAUGACUCUUGUGCUGCACUACUAGCUAAAUCUGGGAUAAUCCCAGCACUCAUCGAACUGUUGAAUGCUCAGCAAGAAGAUGAUGAAUUUGUGUGUCAGAUAAUUUAUGUCUUCUACCAGAUGGUUUUCCAUCAGGCCACAAGAGAUGUCAUAAUCAAGGAAACACAAGCUCCAGCAUAUCUCAUAGACCUGAUGCAUGAUAAAAAUAAUGAAAUCCGAAAAGUCUGUGAUAACACAUUAGAUAUUAUCGCAGAAUAUGAUGAAGAGUGGGCCAAGAAAAUUCAGAGUGAGAAGUUUCGCUGGCAUAACUCUCAGUGGUUGGAGAUGGUGGAGAGCCGUCAGAUGGAUGAGAGCGAGCAGUACUUAUAUGGUGAUGAUCGGAUUGAGCCAUACAUCCAUGAAGGGGACAUUCUUGAAAGGCCUGACCUUUUCUACAACUCAGAUGGACUGAUUACCUCUGAAGGAGCGAUAAGUCCAGACUUCUUCAAUGAUUUCCACCUCCAGAACGGAGAUGUGGUUGGGCAGCACUCAUUUCCUGGCAGCCUCGGGAUGGAUGGCUUCGGUCAGCCAGUGGGAAUCCUUGGACGUCCUGCCACCGCGUACGGAUUCCGCCCUGAUGAACCUUACUACUACAGCUUUGGAUCUCGAUAAAGUCACCCCUCCCAGCUUAGGAGAGAUCUGUGUGCUGUGGGUUAACCUUGACUUAAUAAUGCAUGUUGUACUCCUGUGGGGCUGUGUUGCUUCUUUCUCCAUGUAGUUAGGUAGCUCUAACCUCACAUCUUUGUUAAGUACAGUUGACGCUCCACGUCCACUCGUCCAGCCACAUCCUGAGUGAAUGACAUUUCCCAUGAGACUGUGGCGAAACUGCUAGCCUGGAAAAGCAGAUACUGUAUUAUGUAAGAUAAGUGACUAAUUUCUAUUUAAAAAGAAAAAGUGACAUACAUGCAAAGGAAUGAGCCAAAGUCAUAUGUUCAUAUUUACUGUGUUUCAUAGGAACCACUCAUAUACAUGGGAUACACAUACUUUUUUUGCUUUCACUUUCUAAUUAUAAACUCCUUAGUGUUCCGUGUGAGCCAUGCUACCUUUAAAUCUCAUCUUACAUGAACCUCAUCCUUUUUAUCCCAUACUGUGUCUGGAAGUUUCUUUCACAAAGUUAUUAACUAUAUGAGCUUUCUAACAAACAGUGAACAUAUGCUGUAUGUAAUGUUAUGCAUUAGCCUAGUCUACUGAGUGACCAGGGACGUGUUAAGGGCAGCAGAAUGCUGGGGAGCAGCAUCCUCUGUGGACAGAGCACGAGCAACACUGAGCUUCUGUUCAGUUCUCCUGAAAUGUACAAUACAAAAUGUGAAGAUGCUAAUUGUUUUUGCCUUACCUAAGAAAAUUAAGAAAAGAACUCUCUGUUUGCUCACUUAAGAUAGAAGUGGUUUGUGGGAAAUUGAAAGGGACAGGAUGAUUAAUAAUGAGUUUUGAAACUAAUUCAUUGAUUGUAAAAUAUUGAAAACUUGAGAAACUAAGCAAAUGAAUUCAAUAUGAGCAUAGAUUGUUGCUUGAUCAUCUUCUACUGAAGGAAACAUAAGCUUCUGAACAGUACAGAUCAAAGGGAAGAUUUCUGCCUUUAAAUGUAAAAUCCCACUGAUCUAAGUAUACUGUUUACCUCAAUUCACACAUUUAGCACAAAGUCCUAGAGCUGGGAGGGUCCUUCGGACAAUUCAGUGCAUCUGCUUGAGAAAUGUAACUCUAACCAGUAGGUGUAUUCUUACCUGAUACAUAAAGGUAGUAUAUGGUCUGGGACGUUGUUUAUGUUUGUGAAUUCACAAUUUUGAAAGCAUGCAGUUAUUGUCUUUGUUUCCCUUUUACCCACAAAAGAUUAAAGCCAGAAGGUUUGAA